AUGGAGAAACAGAACUAUUCAAGCAUCUUUUCACACUUGAUCAAAACAGAUAUUCCCACAAUAAUUUUAACUAAUUACAUCAAUUAUCCACCGAGAUAUUUGAUAUAUACAAUUGUUGCACGAAUUAUCAGUUCAACACCUGCAUUACGUAAUGAGUUUUGUGAUUCAUUAGUUGAUAAUUUUCGAGAUAUUGUUGAUCACUCGAAAUCGAAGCGAUUAUUUAAGAUUUUGUUUUGUUUGUUCUCAGUUCCUCUUGAGAAAGAAGACUGGGGUAAUUUGUUUGUGUUUUUUUACAACAAUUUCUCAAUUUUGGCUCUUGAAAGUGCUAAAGGACCAUCUGUUAAAACAGUCUUUAAGUUUGUCUCUAAGAUUGUUUCUAAAUGUCCACAAGCACUUCCUUAUUCGAAACGGAAUCCGAUGUCAUUCCGUUUCUACAAAUUCAUAACAAACAUUUUGUAUCUCAUUGGAGAAAAUCUUUUGAAAGAUCUUCCAAGUCUUUCUGAUGUCUACUUGGGAUGUGAUUUCCUUGCAAGAUACAACGAGAAAAAUCCAGAAUUCAUUCCGAAUUUGAUUGAAUCUAUUUCAAGUAACAUCCCAGAUCACUUGAAUGAGCCUUUCAAACAGACAUACUACAAGUACAUGAAUGAGAGUGGUAGUGACAAAUUCAGUCUUAAUCUUAUGAACUUCUUUGAUGAUGUUAGCAACAUGAAGAUCCAACUUAGUACUAUUGAAAUGUAUCUCACUGGCUUCGACACAAUAUUGGAGGACUUGAUACAAAUCUAA